CUUCAUAAAGGAGACAAAAAGUACGAAGUGUACUUACGCGCCAUAAAUAUAUUUCCAUGCGGCUGGUGUAAUCGUUACUUUAUUGUUAGUUCAACCGAGAGGCAAAACUAUGGUUGUCAAUAAAGUUCUAACCCUUGUGCUGAUCCGACAGCAAGCCAGAGUUUUACUUGGCAUGAAGAAGCGAGGAUUCGGAAAAGGCCGAUGGAACGGAUUUGGCGGAAAAGUAGAACCAGGAGAGACCAUUUUACAAGGUGCUAUCAGGGAACUUAAAGAGGAAGCUGAAUUAGAGACAAAAUCACUUGAAGAAGUUGGUCGACUUGUGUUCGAGUUUGUUGGAGACCCUCAGUUACUGGAGGUGCAUGUAUUCACUGGGUCGAAAUAUCAGGGACAGCCGAAGGAGACACAAGAAAUGAGACCGAGCUGGUUCUCGAUUGACAAUAUUCCAUUUAAAGAAAUGUGGCCAGAUGAUAUUUUAUGGUUCCCGCUGUUUUUAAAAGGAGUGAAAUUUUCAGGGUAUUUCCGAUUUGAAGGCCAUGAUAAGAUUUUGGACUACACUUUGAAGGAAGUGGAUGAAAUAUCGAAUAUAAAGUAACGUGUGCUAGUGUAGGUUGUUUUUUAAUAUGACUAAUUCGGAGUGUAGACCAACGCCACGUGGAAUUCAUGCAUUUGGAACAUGCGUAUACUGCAUAAUAUUUUCCCUUCGUUUCUGGGUCAUUCGAUCCAAAUAAUUUUGUAUGAGGGACCAAUGAUGGAAGUGUAAUUUCCUCGGGCAGUUGAAAGUGUUCUAGUUCAUUCGUCGUUGCAUUUUGUUAUGUACACUGUAUGUUUUAUUCUUCACAUGCAGAAAUGUAUCUCUGAUCACUGUAGUAAUUUACGUUUUAACGUAUUAUAUUAUUAAAAACUAUUUAAAUGACA